GCAAAAGCUUCCAUUUUUUUUUCCAUGGUUGAGGGUCCAAACCCUAUUGACUCAUUGACCAACAUGCCCAUCCAUCUUUUUGCCUCGCAAAAUGUGCCCCCAAUGUGAAAUGUGGACGCCAUUGUUUGUCCCCAGUCAUUUGCUUAAUCUCAGCAGGGAGAUUCCGGUCAUUUUUCACAGUAGAAAAGGAAAGCUUUCUUCUUCUUCCUUCUACAAUCCAGUUGCAUCAAAAGGAGACAAAAGUAAAAGCAACCCAUUUGAUUUCAAGUACAAGCCAUUGCUUCUGGUAGAUUACUAGGCCUCAUUUUCUCAAAUGGGAGGAACCCUUCAACUUCAAGCUGCUGCAUUUCUCCUCUGCGUUUUAUUGUGCAGCAACAUUGCUGCUGCACGGGAUGUAGAAGAAUGGAAGACUGCCACUGCAACGUAUUCCAAAGAAACUGAUGGGUCUAUCAUUACUGAAGGUGCUUGUGGUUAUGGGGACCUUCACAGGAUCAGCUAUGGGAAGCACAGUGCUGGUCUGAGUGGAAUUUUGUUCAACAGAGGGAGCACCUGUGGGGCUUGUUAUGAGCUGAGAUGUGUUGAUCACAUCUUGUGGUGUCUGCAAGGGAGCCCCUCCGUUAUUCUCACUGCUACAGAUUUCUGUCCUCCGAAUUUCGGGCUCUCAGCAGACUAUGGUGGCUGGUGCAAUUUCCCCAAAGAACACUUUGAGAUGUCUGAGGCAGCAUUUGGUGAAAUUGCAAAGAAAAAAGCUGAUAUUGUGCCAGUUCAAUAUAGAAGGGUGAAGUGUGAGAGAAAUGGAGGGAUAAGAUUCAUGGUGGGUGGGAGUUCUCACUUCUACCAGGUCCUAAUCACCAAUGUAGGUUUAGAUGGGGAGGUUCUUGCUGUGAAAGUGAAGGGUUCAAGAACCGGGUGGAUACCGCUGGCCAGGAACUGGGGGCAGAACUGGCAAAGCAAUGUCAAUCUUAAAGGGCAGCCUCUUUCGUUCGAGGUAACUGUAAGUAGCGGAAGAACACUCACAUCUUACAAUGUUGCUCCAGCAAACUGGCAGUUUGGCCAGACAUUUGAAGGGAAACAGUUCUGAAACAGAACAUACAUUACCUCGUGGUCAUGUGUCUCUUUGUCACUUCAGUUUUUCUGCUAUCCUAUAUAAAGUUUAGGUUAGUAGUCAAAAGAAGAGGGAAAAUGGUAGGAGAAAGUUGAAAAAAUGGGAAUAUUAGGCCCCAGUUUUGUCUUUAGGGAUAUGAUGAUUAGAAAGUGUAGUACUUGAUGGAACAUGUAACUAUUUAAAAGUAAAGUUAUGCCCCUCGAUUCUUCGCUAUAAUCCGACUUUAAUGGUUAUAUUUGCUUUGUGUGUUAGUUGUUUUCAGAGAUGGUUUGCCAAUUAUCAUGUGAGAAUGCAGAGCAUUAGAAAGAGAAGGAAAAUAAGCAGUAAAAGUAAAACGAAAGAAAAUAUGAGAAGGGUUGAGAAAAUAUUAGAGACAACAGAGGAGUUUGGAGAAAAUUCUAUAUUCAAUCAAGUUUUUUGUAGACUGAUCUACACAAUGCUAACACUUACAGACAUUAGUAACAGCAGGCACUUCCGUCGCCUUAGCCAUGGUCUUCAAUACGCUUGAACGAUCUUCCAGUUCUCUAAUUCUCAGUUCGAGCAUCCGACUGUUGCACCCUUACUUUUAGUUUGUCUAGCACUUGCUCUGCUAGUGUUAUCAAAUCCGUCCAGCUAACCAAACUGUGCAACACAAGUCUUAUGUUCUUGCUCGGGAAAGUACUUUAAUUUGGGAAUACCCCGACAUAGGGAACUAAAGCAAUCACACCAUUUCUAGCAUGCAAACCAUUUACUAAGAAGUGUUAAUGCAAUCCAUUAUACCUACCGAUCACAAAGCUGAAAAGUAGGGAGAAAGAAUGAAUUCUGGAAU